UCGGCCAUCACCAACCCUCUCCCGACCCAGAAAUCGAACAUAUAUGCAUUUGGUACUGGUGACAAUGCUGAGCUGGGUAUUGGGCUAGAGAUUAACGCAAAGGUUAUCAAGCGUCCCGGAUUGAAUGCCCAUGUCCUCCCUGAUAAGGUGGGAAUAGUUGCAGUUGCAAUUGGCGGUAUGCAUGGCUUAGCCUUACCGUACAGGGGGAAGGUGUAAUCGUGGGGCGUCAAUGACCAGUACGCUCUUGGGAGAGCAACCACACAUACACCUCUGACCAGGGCUUUGCGUUCUGAUGAUGAUGGUGGCGACAGUGACUGUGACGGUGAAGUGCCCUUGAAUCCAUUGGAGGGCACGCCAAUGCUGAUUACAGGGGUUUCAGAGGGGACUCUGAUUACAAGAAUUGCUACCGGUAACAGUAUUUCGGUCCCUGUUAUGUGCCGACACCGGCCGGGUUUACGGAUAGGGAACAUUUAGGGUAUGUGAUUAAUUCUCCAUUCGGGGUUAGUAAGGUUAAUUUAUUGUUUAGUGCGCUGACGGCAUUCGUGGAUUCAAACAGGGGACUAGUGUACAGGAUGUUCUGGUCCUGCUACCUAGGCUUAGGAACAUCGUUCGGGUCAGUAUUGGUACUGAUCGCGUCCUUGGCCUUACGAAGGAAGGAGAGGUGUACGCGUGGGGCAAUGGUCAGCAAUCCCAGCUCGGGAGGCGUAUCUCUGAGAGACGUCGCCUCACCGGGCUGAACCCUCGCCAGGUGUCCCUUCCCCGGUGCAAGGGCAUGUAUGUCGCUACCGGCUCAUACCAUUCUUUCGCAAUGACCCGGGACGGCAGGGUCUGGGCAUGGGGGCUCAAUCAACAUGGGCAAUGCGGGAUAUACGAACCUCCGCGCGGCGGCACAGGAUAUACCGUAAUUCCCGUUCCUACCAUUGUGCAGAGUCUUGCAGGGUACACAAUCGUUCAGAUAUCUGCCGGAGAACAUCGCUCAACCGCCCUGGCCGAGAACGGUGAGCUCCUGGUCGGGGGCCGUCUUGACAGUGGACAGCUCGGUAUAGACCCUGUGGCACUUUCAGCGGAUGAUUGCGUCCGUGACGCGAGGGGCAACCCCUGCUACCUCAGGACCCCACAUGCUGUUCCCGGCAUCAGGUUCUCCACCAUUGGCUGCGGCACAGACCACAAUAUUGCCGUCUCGAUGGAGGGACAAGCAUACUCU